CAUGAAAUCACCUUUUGCUCAAUGAAAAUAUAACUGUUCGUACCCAAAAUGUAUAUUUACUGUCCGGCGGAUGUGUGAAUUCAUAAUGAGUCGUUAUGUGGUUGACUCAUCACCGUAAUAGUGCAACGUGUCUGGCUAAGCUGGUUAAGCUUCUAGGAAACGCUACAGUGACGGACAAAGCAGUCGGUGCGAGCCUAGUUGGCUUCAGCCUUCUGUUGUUUACAUAUUACUCCAUUUGGGUAAUUGUACUGCCCUUUGUAGAUGCGGAUCAUGUGCUGCACCGGUAUUUCCUGCCCCGGGAGUACACAGUCAUUCUACCUGGCGUUGCAGCUCUAGUAGUUCUGCUCUGUAUAGGGGCCUUCGUCGGGGCUGUCAUGCUGAAGAAUCGCAAGCCGAAGAAAGUGGACUAGAGGCGGAACCGCAGAACCUGGGCGGAACAUUGGAAUAGUUGCCUUGUCUACCGCAGCGCUCUGUCAGACCCUCGUCUGCUAUAGCCACGCUCAUUCCGGUUGUCAUUCAGGAACACCCCCGCAACGUCUGCGCGUUACAUGGACAUGUUUCAUGUGUGUUGGACUCUAUGCUCAAACACAUGUUGAAUAUGAAUUUGGGGUGAAUUUUGGGGUUUUGGGAUCCUUUGAUUCAACACCUGGGAUUCUGUGAUGCCUUAGGAGGUUGUCUUGAACUCAUGAUAGGUUAGUUGCGAUGAUAUAUUUAUGGAAGAUGUAUAGUAAACGGUAUCUGACUGUGA